AUGGUUUUGAUCCCAGAGAUCCCUACUCAUAUGAAGCCAGGUACUGGAACAACGGCAGGAGGCGUGAAUUGGGUCGGAUAUCUGACAACCGCAGAGUACCCGUCUCUUGUCCUGAGCUGCGAUCUCGCGGUUGGAGGCGCAAUCAUCGGUGGCUCGCUUGUUGGGAGCACUGCAAACGAUCUUGUUGGCAGCAAGCGGGCUUCUGCACCGUGGACGUCUGAGGAUGCUGUUUUGCAUUUCGGAUUGGGAUCAAUGAGUACGCGGCGCUUCACUUUCGCCCCUGUCUGGACUGACGUGGGAUGUUUACUUGAGAAUAGUAUUGGGAGUGCAUACUACCGAACAAACGCUUCAACAUUCGUUCCACAGCUGAUCGGUCGACUUGAAGACCUCGUAGGGGACAUUUACAGCUCCUGGGGACGCAAAUACCUCUCUAUCAAUGUUCCCCCGACAAGCCGGACGCCCAUGUUCAUCAAGCAGGGCGACUGGGCAGUUGAACUCUCGGCGGCUUAUCUAGCUGUCUAUAAUCAGCAGCUCGCGGCCAUGGUGGAGAGGUUCAAGUCUAGCGACUGGUGGAACGAUUACCAUCCUGGGACGAAGUAUCAUCAGCGCCAGGCUGAGGAUACGAAGGCUAGUCUGGUGCCCCUUGGUGCAUGGUGA